UCGGACGGAGAGCAGCAAGUUGCCAAGAAGUGUAAAUUGAAAAUCCCAAAAUCGAAAAAAUAAUUAAUUAAUAAAACAAGAACAGCACGAGAACAUGUUUUCGUGAAAGACAAUUAACUGAUUUGAAAAACGAGAAGACAAACCUAAACCAUUUAAAGUUGCAAAGUGAAGCGAAAGCAAAGCGAAUAAUUAAUUAAAAUUAUAAUCAAAUCAAAGCUAACAUUUGUGUACGGUGCGUGGUGCUAGUGUAAAUUGUGCAUCUACAGCUAGAAUGGAGCACGAUAGCUUCGACGAUCCCAUCUUCGGGGAGUUUGGCGGCGGUCCGUUGAAUCCUUUGGGCGCCAAGCCACUGCUGCCCACGACGACGUCCAUGCAUCCCGCUAUGUUGGGCAGUGUCCACGAGCUAUGCAGCCAGCAACAACAGCACCCGCAGCAGCAGCAACGACUGCCGGACUGCAACACAAUCCUGCCAAAUGGAGGUGGAGGAGGAGCAGCAGGAACGGGUGGCGGAGGAUCACCCAGCUACGUGCCCAAGCUGGACUUUGUGAACAAGAUGGGCUGCUAUUCGCCAAGCCAAAAGUAUGAGUAUAUCACGGCUUCACAAAAGCUCGUGGAGCAGCACCAGAAUCACCAGCAGCCGCACCACCAUCAGCACUAUGCAGUUACACCACCGCCCAGCCACAAUGGCAUCCUGCUCCACAAGCAAGCCACCCAGCAGCAGCAGCAGCUGGUAGGCAUUCUGGACUACCAUCCGCUGAAUGGCAAGAUGGAUUACUCUACAUCGCCCAAGGAUCACUAUGAGCCGCAGCAGCAGCAACUGCAGCACCUGUACGGUGGCAGUCCGCACCAUUUGGAUCACCUGGAUGGCAGCGACGGCCUGCUGCAGGACUCCUCGCCAGUCAUGAUCAACAGCGGAGCCACGGCGGGCAAGCUCAAAAAGCAAGACGAGAUGUGCGGACAAAUGGAGACGGUGGUUGGUGCUGGAGUCAGUCCUCCCGACAGCUCAGUGGCGGUACUCAACGGUGGUGUUGGUGGUGGGACACCUAAUGGCGGCAGCACCUCCUCGGCCCCCACCAAUGGUGGCCAGGGGGCGGCUGGAACAGCGGGCGGCGUGACGACAGCUACCCCCAAAAAAGACGGCAGCGGUGGCAAGAAGAAGGGCGAUCCCAAUGGCAUCAAGAAGAAGAAAACGAGAACCACAUUUACUGCUUACCAGUUGGAGGAACUGGAACGGGCCUUUGAACGUGCCCCCUACCCGGAUGUGUUCGCGCGCGAGGAACUGGCCAUCAAACUGAACCUAAGCGAGUCCCGUGUACAGGUGUGGUUUCAGAAUCGAAGGGCCAAGUGGCGCAAGCACGAGCCGCCACGAAAAACGGGCUACAUCAAGACGAGCACGCCGCCAACGGCGACACUCAAUCCCGGGACGCUCGCGCCGCCGUUCACAAGCUAUCCUCAGACGACAACGGUGACGCCACCGGGCAGCAUGGACAGCUGGACCAGUUACCAGACACCUUACGAGCUAACUCCCCAGUUCAGCCUGCUUUCGCCGGCGGCCAGUCCGUAUGGCACCUACUCCGGCCAGUAUGGCGCCUACGUUCACGAGAGCCAACUUUUCCCGAUGCGGCACUAUGAAUACGGCAGUCCCACACGCAUGGAGAUGAGCGCCACCUCCGGUUCCGUGGGUGGCAAUGCAGAGGAGGCGGUGGCCAAUGGCGGAAGCUACCAGCCGGCCGAGCUACAGACCGCCCAGCAGCAGCAAUUGCCCGAUGGCACUUUGGUUACCGUCCAUGCCCACCAACAGCAUCAACAGCAGGCUCAGCAGCAACUUAACGGCAGUAAAUAUCUAAGUGGCGAAGAAGCCAAGUACGUCCACCUGCAGUGCCACCAAAGCGGAGCGGGCCUGGAGCUGAGUCCCGGAGCCAGCUGUCACCUGGUAGAGGCCCAACCGCAGCACUAUGUGACCUCGGCGGCUGCCGCGGGAGGGACAGGAGGCGGCGGCAGCGGGGCAGGCGGAACCAGCAGUGAUGACAACGACAGCGGCGGCUUGCAGGUUGUGAUCAAGAGCGAGGAGCAGCAACAGGCACAGAGCUACGUCCUGCCGCCUUUUUUGCACUAAGGGAAAUGCUCACACACCGGCGUCACCAGCAGCAGCACCAGCCUCAUCGCCGCUGGGCCACGCCCCCCACGCCAGGCGUCCGCCAUUUCCGGAGGCCAUUUUAAACGGGAGCGUGGAGUGUGCAGCAUUUCAAUCUGGAUUUCCCAGGGCUAAAUCUGGGCGGCUCCAGAAAUAUAGUCAUACGCCAAGAAUUAGGGGGUUACACCACCAAUACUACUCAAAAAGUGAGAGGUUACAAAAUACUUUAGAAAUAUUAUUGUUGAUUUCUGUAGAUAACAUCAUCUGCCAAAUUGAGGAGGUGGGAUCUGAUCCAGAUUUUAGUUCAAAUCGUGGAAUGCCAACUACUUACAUCUUCGACUGAAUUCCCUCUCUUCAACGGCAUUUGUGGUGAUUCUCUUAUUGUCCGGUUCCACAGACAGUCUUUCAUAAUGUUAUGGGUUCCUUUUAGGUUUAGUUAUGCAUGUUGCAACAACAACAGAAUCAACAAGUCUUGCCAAAACUUAACGAGGUUUUUGUUUCAGCCUAAGUAUAAAUUAGUUAAAAAGGUUCACGGGCUCCCCAACCAGCCAAAUGGGCGAGCCCAAGCCACCAAAAUGCAUUCCAAAUGUGCCUUAUUAAUCGGUGAGACGAUCAGGUACUGGCUUGCCAGCUAAGGUCCUCCGCCGUUCACAAAUAAAAACUUAGUUAUAGAGUUAACCCAAUGCUAAUCUAAGCCUCCCAUAUACUGUUGUGUAUUUAGACAAUAAAUUGGUUAUUUUCUACAUUGUAUAUUUAGCUCCCUUUGGCUUCACAAAGAAAUAUUACAAACUAAUUUAUCCUCACCACCAUUUGUAUAUUGGAUUGAAAGUGUUUGUUUACCUACGUUUAAAGCUAGUUUAAAAUUAUAAUUAUAUUUUUAAGCAAUGAAUACUCUCUAGGUCAUUUUGGAAGUGUAUAUAAUAGACAUCUAAUAAAUUGUAUUUUUUACCAAUAACAAUCGAGCGUAAUGAACAAAACAAUAUACAAAACAAAACAAAAACAAAAAAAAAAACAAGAAAGGAAGCUAACUUCGGCACGCCGAAGUUUGUAUA